AUGGAUGAAUUUUACUUGAAGAAUGUGGUGAGCAGGGUGGCCAACUUGCCUUUGGUCAGCUCUGCCUGUGAUCUGGUUUCCAUGGUCUACAUCUCCACUAAAGAGAGCCACCCUCACAUCAGAUCUCUGUGUGAUGUGGCAGCUAAAGGAGUGAAGACUAUGACUGAAGCUACAAUCAACUAUGCACAGCCGGUUCUGACUAAACUUGAACCUCAGAUUGCAACUGCAAAUGAAUUUGCCUGCAAAGGACUGGAAAAGCUGGAGGAGAAACUGCCAAUCCUUCAACAGCUGACUGAUAAGGUUCUUUUGGAUGCCAAAGAGUUGGUGACAGGUACCAGGGAUGCCAUGAACAGCAAAGUGACUGAGGUGCUGGACAAGACCAUGCAGGCAGCCAAAUCAGCAGUAACCAGCAGCAUGAGCACAGUCAUGGGCUCCAGACUGGGGCCUGUGGCUGUGAGUGGAGCAGAAGCUGUGCAGGGGAAAACAGCAGACCUGGUGGAUCACUCCCUCCCCAUCACAGAUGAUGAACUAGCUAAAUUAGCAGCCUCUGUGAAGGGGUUUGAGAUGGCUUCUGUGGAACAGCAGCACAAGUACUUUGUGCGUCUGGGGUCUCUGUCCCCUGAACUCCGCCAGUGUGCUUACCUGCAGUCCAUGGGCAAAGUGAGACUGCUUCAUCAGAGCAUGCAGGAGAACCUCUCUCAGAUCCAGCACACCAUUGACCUGAUUCAGAAUGUCAAGCAGAGUGUGGGUAAGAAACUACACAAGGGUCAGCAGAAGCUGCACCAGUUGUGGCUGGAGUGGACUAAGAAGGAGCUUGCGGUAAUUGACAAGGGAUCUGCACAGCCAGAGGUGGAUACCCUGGUUCUGGUCAUGUCUUGGAGAAUCACCCAGCAGCUGCAGACCAUGUGCCUGAACCUAGUCAUUAUCAUCCAAGGCCUUCCUACCAGCAUUCAGCACAAGAUGCAGCAGGCUCAUCACAAUCUGCAAGAGGUCCAUGCUGUCUGCUCCAAUGCCAGCUCCUUCCAGGGCCUGUCCACCAGUAUCCUGACCUGCAGCAAGCAGAAGCUGCUCAAGGCCCAGGAAUAUGUGGAUGAACUGUUGGAAUAUGUGGUGCAUAAUGCUCCCCUUUCCUGGCUAGUAGGACCCUUUACCUCCUGUGGCAGAACCUCUGCAGAAUUGCAGCACCAGGAAGAUCGUAGGGUGGGGACAGACUAG